AUGGUGCAACUGUACAAUCUACACCCAUUCGGGUCGCAGCAGGUCGUGCCCUGUAAGCUGGAGCCCGAGCGGUUCUGCGGCGGGGGACGCGAUGCGUUGUUCGUGGCUGCAGGCUGCAAGGUGGAGGCAUUCACUGUAGCAGGCCAGGAGCUGUGCCAGCCGAGGUGCGCCUUCUCCACGUUGGGCCGGGUGCUGCGCCUGGCCUACAGCGAGGCUGGAGACUACUUGGUGGCAAUUGAAGAGAAAAACAAAGCUACAUUUCUUCGUGCUUACGUGAACUGGAGAAGCAAAAGGGCUGAAAACUCUCGUGUGUGUAUCCGCAUGGUUGGGCAUAAUGUGGAAGCCCCCUUCAGUGAAACCUUCAGAGAUCAGAUGUCUAUCAUUGAAAUGCCACUUUCUGAAGCACCCUUGUGCAUUUCCUGUUGUCCUGUGAAAGGAGACCUUCUUGUUGGCUGCACAAAUAAGUUAGUCUUAUUUAGUUUGACGUAUCAGAUCGUUAAUGAGGAAUUCUCAAUUUUGGACUUUGAACGUUCAUUAAUUAUACAUAUAGAUAAUAUUACUCCUGUAGAAAUUUCUUUUUGUGCUAGAUAUGUUGCUGUCAUGUCAGAUUUAGAAGUCUUAAUCCUAAAACUGGAGUCAGACCCUAAAAGUGGUGGGAGUGUUAACCACCAUUUCUUUAAGACCAAGAGUCCAAUGAAACAGGCUGAAGAAGUCAUCAGUAAUGAAACUUCCCAGCUUGAGGCAGAGGAUUUUGUUAUGUGCCAAAAGCCCAUGGAACUUCUUGGUGAAAAAAGCAAACAGUCUGGAGUAUCUGUUACACUGGAGUCAACGGGAUUAACUGAAGAAAAAAUAAAAUAUUUCCAUGUUCAGCACCUGCUCUAUAGACGCUUUACUCCUGAUAUUUCAUCCUAUGUGUUGCCUGAUGACAUCAAAUUGCAUUCCCUUCAGCUUCUACCCAUUUACCAAAUGGGUUCUCUUACUUCUAAUGGAAAACAUUCAUCUCAGGGAAAAGAGUUGCUGAGUCUUUUUUGUUUUUUCUCAUUACCUCAUGUGGGCUAUCUCUACAUGGUUGUCAAAUCUGUUGAGUUAAUGUCAAUCUACCAGUAUCCUGAGAAGUCUCAGCAGGCUGUGCUCACGCCACAAUUCCUCCAUGUCAUCACAAGUAACAAUCUGCAGUGUUUUACUGUGCGGUGCAGUGCAGCGGCAGCUCGUGAGGAAGACCCAUACGUGGAUACCACCCUGAAGGUUAGAACUGGAUCAUGUUCAAGAAAAGAUACCAGUGUUAAGUUCAAAACACCUCCUAUGGCUGAGGCUGGGUGGAAUUUAUAUAUUGUGAAUACGAUAUCACCAGUACAACUCUACAAAGAAAUGGUAGAUUAUAGUAAUACCUACAGGACUGUUAAAACCCAGAGCUGCAUCCACCUUCUCAGUGAGGCUCAUCUGUUAGUGAGAGCUGCCCUUAUGGAUGAUCAUCAGCUUGACCCUGGAGAGAAGGCAGAGCUUUUAGAAGCAUUUAAAGAAAGCUGUGGGUACCUUGGAGACUGUUAUAGCAGGCUUGACACCCAGCAUUCCCAUCUUGCUUUGCCGUACUAUAAGAUGUCUGGUUUGUCUAUGGCUGAAGUUUUGGCCCGAGUGGAUUGGGUAGUAGAGGAUGGAUCACAGAAAUAUGAGAGGGGAUUAAUAUUUUAUAUUAAUCAUUCACUUCAUGAAAACCUCGACGAAGAAUUAAGUGAAGAAUUGGCAACAAAAGUGAUGGAGAUGUUUCAUGUGGCUGAGCCAAAGCAACUGCCCCAUAUUCUCUGUAGUCCUUCUAUGAAGAAUGUUAAUCCUUUAACUGCCCUGAGCUAUCUGAGGAAGCUGGAUACUUCUGGAUUUUCAUCGAUCUUAGUGACAUUGGCCAAGGCAGCAAUGGCUCUGAAAAUGGGAGAUCUUGACAUAUAUGGAAAUGAAAUGAAAAGCUAUUCAGAGAUGAAGUUCGUAUGUGGCUUCAUUCUGGAACCCCGGCUUCUGAUUCAACAGUGGAAGGGACAGGUUUUUCCCACUGAGCUUGCAGUUCAUUUGAAGGAGACCCAGCCUGGGUUGCUUGUGGCUUCAGUCCUAGGCUUACAGAAGAACAACAAAAUUGGGAUUGAAGAAGCAGAUUUCUUCUUUAAGGAGCUUUGUGGUAAGGAUGAAGAUACAAUUCCUCAGCUCUUGGUAGACUUCUGGGAAGCUCAGCUUGUAGCAUGUCUACCAGAUGUGGUACUUCAGGAACUGUUUUUCAAGCUCAUAUCACAUUACAUCUGGAGAUUAUCUAAGAGGCAGCCCCCUGACUCCACACCAUUGCGAACGUCAGAGGAUCUGAUAAAUGCCUGUAGUCAUUAUGGCUUAAUCUAUCCAUGGGUUAAUGUCUUAAUAUCAUAUGAUUCCUCAGCUGAUAAAAAUUGUUCAGAAGACCUUUCAAAAUUACAGUCUCUUAUAUGUGGUCCUUCAUUUGACAUAGCUUCCAUUAUUCCCUUCUUGGAGUUGCUCUCAGAAGAUACUAUUGCUGGCCUCAGUGUCCAUGUUCUGUGUCAUACACGCUUGAAAGAGUAUGAACAGUGCAUAGACAUACUGUUAGAGAGGUGCCCGGAAGCCGUCAUUCCAUAUGCUAACCAUGAACUGAAAGAAGAGAACCGGACAGAAACAUUGUCGGUUGUUGCUGUGGAACUAGAACUAAGGGAUUUCCUGAAUGUCCUUCCAGACGAUGGCACGGCAGCAUUUUUUUUGCCGUAUCUUCUUUACAGCUGUCGAAAGAAAUCAUUGACUUAA